UGUAAAAAGAAGCGGAUUGCAAGUACCACUGAGGACAAAAUCAUCUGUCAGAAAUACGCCGCUUCUUCUAGCUGGAGUUUCGGUAUUAUGGAAUUAUUCGAGGGAAGGCUGGUGGAAAUUCACGUUUGCUGACCAAUUCAAUAUAGACUCUGUUUUCGCUGCCUUUUUCAUUCUGGAAAGAUACACUCAAGCGUGAGGAAUCAUGUCAGACAAGAUGUCCAGUUUCCUGCAUCAUGGGGAUGUUUGUUCCCUUUAUGCGGAGGGCUCCACCAGUGGAUUUAUCAGCACUUUAGGGCUUGUGGAUGACCGCUGUGUGGUACAACCAGACACAGGGGACCUUAACAACCCGCCCAAAAAGUUCAGAGACUGCCUGUUCAAGCUGUGCCCCAUGAACAGGUACUCUGCACAGAAACAGUUCUGGAAGGCAGCGAAGCCAGGAGGGAACAGCACCACUGACACGGUCCUCCUCAACAAGCUCCACCAUGCUGCUGACCUGGAGAAGAAGCAGAAUGAAUCCGAGAAUCGAAAGCUGCUCGGAACUGUUAUCCAGUAUGGAAAUGUCAUUCAGCUGCUGCACCUGAAAAGUAACAAGUACCUGACGGUGAACAAGCGUCUGCCUGCCCUGCUGGAGAAGAACGCCAUGAGGGUGACUCUGGACUCAGCCGGCAACGAGGGCUCCUGGUUUUACAUCCACCCCUUCUACAAGCUGCGCUCCCUGGGAGACAGUGUGGUGAUAGGGGACAAAGUGGUCCUUAACCCUGUGAAUGCUGGACAGCCCCUGCAUGCUAGCAGCCACCAGCUGGUUGACAACCCAGGAUGCAAUGAGGUGAACUCUGUAAACUGCAACACCAGCUGGAAGGUUGUUCUGUUCAUGAAAUGGAGUGACAACAAGGAGACCAUCCUGAAAGGGGGUGACGUGGUGAGGUUGUUCCACGCUGAGCAGGAGAAGUUCCUCACGUGUGACGACCACAGGAAGAAGCAGUACGUCUUCCUCAGGACCACCGGCCGCCAGUCUGCCACCUCCGCCACCAGCAGCAAAGCACUGUGGGAAAUUGAGGUGGUGCACCAUGACCCUUGUCGAGGAGGUGCUGGUUACUGGAACAGCCUGUUCAGGUUCAAACACCUGGCCACAGGAUCGUACCUGGCUGCUGAGGUGAGUGAGGUGAAUCCAGACUAUGAAGAGGAGAGCAGAGAGCAGCGGUCCUCACUGGACUCAGAACACGAGGCGCUGCGAGGGCGUCUGCGGACCCCACAGGAGAGGGUCAUGUACACACUGGUCUCUGUCCCUGACGGCAUGGACAUCUCCUCCAUCUUUGAGCUGGACCCUACCACCCUGAGAGGGGGGGACGCCCUCGUGCCCAGGAGCUCCUUUGUGAGGCUCAGACACCUGUGCACCAACACAUGGGUCCACAGCACCAACAACCCCAUCGACAAGGAGGAGGAGAAGCCGGUCAUGUUACGGAUUGGCACAUCAGCAGUUAAGGAAGAUAAAGAGGCUUUUGCCAUUGUGCCAGUCCCCCCUGCUGAAGUUCGAGAUUUAGACUUUGCCAACGAUGCUAGUAAAGUCUUGGCAUCUAUAGCUGGCAAGCUGGAGAAGGGCACCAUCACCCAGAACGAGAGGAGGUUUGUGACCAAGCUGCUGGAGGACCUGGUCUUCUUCGUGGUGGACAUCCCCAACAGCGGCCAGGAUGUUCUGGAAAUCAUGGUGAACAAGCCCAACAGGGAGAGACAGAAACUGAUGAGGGAGCAAAACAUCCUGAAACAGAUCUUCAAACUGCUGCAGGCUCCCUUCACAGACAGUGGGGACGGCCCUAUGCUGCGUCUGGAGGAGCUGGGCGACCAGCGCCACGCCCCCUUCAGGCACAUCUGCCGGCUGUGCUACCGGGUGCUGCGACACUCCCAGCAGGACUACAGGAAGAACCAGGAGUACAUAGCCAAGCAGUUCCGUUUCAUGCAGAAGCAGAUAGGCUACGACGUGCUGGCUGAGGACACCAUCACAGCCCUGCUCCACAACAACCGCAAGCUGCUGGAGAAACACAUCACCGCUGCCGAGAUCGACACCUUCGUCAGCCUGGUCAGGAAGAACCGAGAGCCCAGGUUUCUGGACUACCUGUCAGACCUGUGUGUGUCCAUGAACAAGUCCAUACCUGUGACUCAGGAACUCAUCUGUAAUGCAGUUCUGGACCCCAGCAACGCCGACAUCCUCAUUGAGACCAAGCUUGUCUUAUCAAGGUUUGAGAUUGAGGCAGUGACUGUGGGGGAGGCCCCGGUGGAGGCCGAGGAGGACGAGGAGGAGGUGUGGCUCUUCUGGAAGGACAACCUCAAGGAAAUCCGCAGCAAGAGCGUCAGGGAGCUGGCACAGGAUGCCAAGGAGGGCCAGAAGGAGGACCAGGAGGUGGUCAGCUACUACAGGUACCAGUUGAACCUGUUUGCCAGGAUGUGUCUGGACCGCCAGUACCUGGCCAUCAACAAGAUCUCUGGCCAGCUGGACGUGGACCUGAUCCUGCGCUGCAUGUCUGAUGAGGACCUGCCCUUUGACCUGCGUGCCUCCUUCUGCCGCAUGAUGCUGCACAUGCACGUGGAUCGCGACCCACAAGAGCAGGUUACGCCCGUCAAGUACGCCCGCCUCUGGUCCGAGAUCCCCUCCAAGAUAGCCAUAGACGAUUAUGACAAUGAUGGAACCACUAGGAAUGAAAUCAAGGAGCGAUUCUCCCUCACCAUGGAUUUUGUGGAGAACUACCUCAGAGAAGUUGUAUCUCAGAACAUCCCCUUCUCAGAUAAAGAGAAAAACAAGCUCACCUUUGAGGUAGUGAACUUGGCGAGGAACCUCAUAUACUUUGGCUUCUACAACUUUUGCGACCUCUUGAGACUGACAAAGAUCUUACUGAAUAUUCUGGACUGUGUUCAUGUCAGCACCAUCUACCCCAUCAAUAAGAUGGAGAAGGGCGAGGAAAACAAAGGCAGUAAUGUGAUGAAGUCUAUCCAUGGGGUGGGGGAGCUGAUGACCCAGGUGGUCUUAAGGGGAGGGGGCUUCCUGCCUGUCACACCCAAUCACCAGCCAGAGGGAGAUGUGGUCAAGGCCCAGACCGAGCCAGAGAAGGAGGACAUUCUGGUGAUGGACACGAAGCUCAAGAUCAUUGAGAUCCUUCAGUUCAUCCUGAAUGUGCGGCUGGACUACAGGAUCUCCUGUCUGCUCUGCAUCUUCAAAAGGGAGUUUGAUGAGAGCCACCCUCAAACUGAAACCCCGACUGGUAGUCAGGAUGGACCCAACAAUGUCACAGGAACUCUAGACUUUGAGAACAUUGAGGAACAGGCAGAAGGAAUAUUUGGAGGAAGUGAGGAGAACACACCCCUGGACCUGGAUGACCACGGAGGUCGCACCUUCCUGAGGGUCCUGCUCCAUCUGACCAUGCAUGACUACCCUCCCCUGGUGUCUGGAGCCCUGCACCUCCUCUUCAGGCACUUCAGCCAGAGGCAGGAGGUCCUCAUGGCCUUCAAACAGGUCCAGCUGUUGGUGACCAGCCAGGACGUGGACAACUACAAGCAGAUCAAGUCUGACUUGGAUCAGCUGCGCUCCAUCGUGGAGAAGUCAGAGCUGUGGGUUUACAAGAGACAGGGAGAAGAUGGGAUGGAUGGAGGGGACGGAGGGGACGGAAAUCAAGAGUCUGACAACAAGAAGAAGGGAGACUCAGACAAGAAGAAGACAGAAAGCACCAGCAGUUACAACUACAGAGUUGUCAAAGAGAUCCUCCUGCGCCUCAGUAAGCUGUGUGUCCAGGAGGGAGCCUCAGGCAAGAAGAGCAAGAAGCAGCAGCAGAGACUGCUGAGGAACAUGGGGGCCCACAGUGUGGUCCUGGAGCUGCUGCAGAUCCCCUAUGAGAAGGGUGAGGAUGUCCGUAUGCAGGAGAUCAUGAAGCUGGCUCAUGAGUUCCUGCAGAACUUCUGUGCGGGGAACCAGCAGAACCAGGCCCUCCUCCACAAACACAUCAACCUUUUCCUCAACCCAGGGAUCCUGGAGGCGGUCACCAUGCAGCACAUCUUCAUGAACAACUUCCAGCUGUGCAGCGAGAUCAACGAGCGCGUGGUGCAGCACUUUGUCCACUGCAUCGAGACCCACGGACGCCACGUCCAGUACCUCAAGUUCCUCCAGACCAUCGUCAAGGCCGAGAACAAGUUCAUCAAGAAGUGCCAGGACAUCGUCAUGGCUGAGAUGGUGAAUUCAGGCGAGGACGUCCUGGUCUUCUACAACGACCGUGCCUCCUUCCAGACCCUGAUCCAGAUGAUGAGGUCAGAGCGCGACCGCAUGGACGAGAACAGCCACCUGAUGUACCACAUCCACCUGGUGGAGCUGCUGGCGGUCUGCACCGAGGGCAAGAACGUCUACACCGAGAUCAAGUGCAACUCCCUGCUGCCCCUGGACGACAUCGUACGAGUGGUCACUCACGAGGACUGUAUACCCGAGGUGAAGAUCGCCUACAUCAACUUCCUGAACCACUGCUAUGUGGAUACAGAGGUGGAGAUGAAGGAGAUCUACACCAGCAACCACAUGUGGAAGCUGUUUGAGAACUUCCUGGUUGACAUAUGCAGGAUAUGCAACAACACAAGUGACAGGAAGCAUGCAGACUCUGUCCUGGAGGGUUACGUAACAGAGACGGUCAUGAGCAUCGUGACCACCUUCUUCAGCUCGCCCUUCUCUGACCAGAGCACCAGUCUGCAGACCCGCCAGCCUGUGUUUGUCCAGCUACUGCAGGGCGUGUUCAGGGUUUACCACUGCAACUGGCUCUCUCCCACACAGAAGGCCUCUGUGGAGGCCUGUAUCAAGGUGCUGUCUGACGUGGCCAAGAGCAGGGCCAUAGCCAUCCCUGUGGACCUGGACAGCCAGGUCAACAACCUGUUUGUCAAGUCCAACAACGUGGUGCAGAAGACCAUCACAAGCUGGAGGCUCUCUGCCAAGAACACGUCCAGGCGAGACUCCGGCAUGACCAGCUCAAAGGACUACAGGAACAUCAUCGAGAGGCUCCAGGACAUUGUGUCGGCCCUGGAGGACCGCCUGCGGCCCCUGGUCCAGGCUGAGCUGUCGGUCCUGGUGGACGUGCUGCACCGGCCGGAGCUGCUCUUCCCGGAGAACACAGACGCGCGCAGGAAGUGCGAGAGCGGAGGCUUCAUCUCCAAACUGAUCAAGCACACCAAGCAGCUGCUGGAGGAGAACGAGGAGCGCCUGUGCAUCAAGGUCCUGCAGACCCUCAGAGAGAUGAUGACCAAAGACCGUGGCUAUGGGGAGAAGCUGAUUGCCUUUGAUGAUGAAAUGGAUGUGGCUGAGCUGGCCCCUCCACCUGAGCCGGAAGUCCCUGCCGAGGAGCUUGAUCCCAACCACCCCCAGAAGCAACUGGAGGAUCAGACCAGGGGAGAAGCCCUUCGCCAGAUCCUUGUGAACCGAUACUACGGGAACAUUAAACCUGGAGGGCGGAGAGAUAGCGUUACCACUUUCAGCAAUGGUCCCCUCAACACUGGAGGACAGGGCAAGGCUGCAACAGUGGUCAGCCUGGCGGCUGCCGGCCGUGCUGAGUUGAGCCUGGCGGAGGUCCAGUGCCAUCUGGACAGGGAGGGGGCGUCCGACCUGGUCAUCGACCUCAUCAUGAACGCCACCAGCGACCGCAUCUUCCAGGAAAGCAUCCUAUUGGCCAUCGCCCUGCUGGAGGGCGGGAACACGGUCAUACAGCGGUCGUUCUUCUGCCGUCUGACGGGAGACAACAAGUCGGAGAAGUUCUUCAAGGUGUUCUACGAGAGGAUGAAGCUGGCCCAGCAGGAGAUCAAGGCCACUGUGACGGUCAACACCAGCGAUCUGGGCAGCAAGAAGAAGGAGGACGAGCCUCCUGAUAAGGACGCCCCCUCCCGCAAGAAAGCUAAAGAGGUCCCAGCGGUGGCCGCGGCCGUGGUGACCGAGGAGGUCAAAGAGCAGCUGGUGGAGGCGUCCACGGUAACCAAGAGGGCCUUCAACACCUACCGCCGCGAGGCGGAGUCCGAGGAGCACCUGGGGGCGGCCGAGGGCCCCGCCGCCGUCGCGGCAGACAAGGGCCAGGAGGAGGGCGAGAUGAGCGUCAUCAUCACCAUCAUGCAGCCCAUCCUGCGCCUCAUGCAGCUGCUCUGUGAGAACCACAACCGGGAGCUCCAGAACUUCCUGCGCUGUCAGAACAAUAAGAACAGCUACAACCUGGUGUGUGAGACGCUGCAGUUCCUGGACUGCAUCUGUGGCAGCACCACGGGGGGCCUGGGCCUGCUGGGGCUCUACAUCAACGAGAAGAACGUGGGCCUCAUCAACCAGACUGUGGAGAGCCUGACCGAGUACUGCCAGGGGCCCUGCCACGAGAACCAGAACUGUAUUGCCACUCACGAAUGCAACGGUAUCGACAUCAUCAUUGCUCUGAUUCUCAAUGACAUCAACCCCUUGGGGAAGAAGAGGAUGGACCUAGUCCUGGAGCUCAAGAACAAUGCCUCCAAACUGCUGCUGGCCAUCAUGGAGAGUCGCCAUGACAGUGAGAACGCUGAGAGGAUCCUGUACAACAUGAGGCCCAAAGAGCUGGUGGAGGUGAUCAAGAAGGCCUACAUGCAGGGGGAGGUGGAGGUCCAGGAGCCUGACGAGGAGGAAGGGGGAGAGGAAGAGCACUCAGCCUCUCCGCGCAACGUUGGACACAACAUCUAUAUCCUGGCCCAUCAGUUGGCCCGCCAUAACAAGGAGCUGCAGGCCAUGCUGAGGCCUGGAGGGAUCUACGGAGAGGGAGAGGAGGCCCUCGAGUUCUAUGCUAAGCACACAGCCCAGAUCGAGAUUGUGCGGCUGGAUCGCACCAUGGAGCAGAUAGUCUUCCCUGUGCCAAACAUCUGCGAGUUCCUCACCAACGAGUCCAAGCUGCGCGUGUACUACACCACGGAGCGCGACGAGCAGGGCAGCAAGAUCAAUGACUUCUUCCUGCGCUCCGAGGACCUCUUCAACGAGAUGAAUUGGCAGAAGAAGCUGCGAGCCCAGCCCGUCCUGUACUGGUGCUCCCGGAACAUGUCCUUCUGGAGUAACAUCUCCUUCAACCUGGCCGUGCUCAUGAACCUGCUGGUGGCCUUCUUCUACCCCCUGGAGGGCAUCCGUGGAGGAACCCUGGAGCCCCACCUCUCUGCCCUGCUGUGGGGGGCCAUGCUGGUGUCCCUGGUCAUAGUCCUCAUUCUGCCCCAGCCUCACGGCAUCAGGGCCCUGAUCGCCUCCACCAUCCUGCGCCUCAUCUUCUCUGUGGGUCUGGAGCCCACUCUCUUCCUGUUAGGAGCUUUCAAUGUGUGUAAUAAGAUCAUCUUCCUCAUGAGUUUCGUGGGGAACCGAGGGACGUUCACGCGGGGCUACAAGGCUAUGAUCAUGGACGUGGAGUUCCUCUACCACCUGCUCUACCUGAUCAUCUGCAGCCUCGGGGUGUUCGUCCAUGUCUUCUUCUACAGCCUGCUGCUCUUUGACCUGAUAUACAGAGAGGAGACGCUGCUGAAUGUCAUCAAGAGUGUGACCCGUAACGGGCGCUCCAUCGUGCUGACUGCCGUGCUGGCCCUGAUCCUGGUCUACCUCUUCUCUAUUGUCGGGUACAUCUUCUUUAAAGAUGACUUCAUCCUGGCUGUGGACAGGAUACCUAACAGAACUCUAGAGACUGCAGCCAGCAUGGUGGGGGAGUUCUUCUCUGCUGGCGUCUGUAGGAAGGAGAGUGGAGAGAACUGCUCUGCAGAGUCUAUGGUGGAAGCCGCCAUAGCCACCCAGCCGUCGGCAGUAGUGAUUGAGGAUAAGGAGCGUGCGUGUGACUCUCUGCUCAUGUGCAUCGUGACCGUGCUGAGUCACGGGCUGCGGAGUGGAGGUGGUGUCGGGGAUGUCCUGAGGAAGCCGUCCAAAGAGGAGCCGCUGUUUGCAGCUAGGGUAAUCUACGACCUGCUGUUCUUCUUCAUGGUCAUCAUCAUUGUCCUCAACCUCAUAUUUGGAGUCAUCAUCGACACCUUUGCUGACCUGAGGAGUGAGAAGCAGAAGAAGGAGGAGGUCCUGAAGACGACCUGCUUCAUCUGCGGUUUGGAACGGGACAAGUUUGACAACAAGACUGUAACGUUUGAGGAGCAUAUCAAGGUUGAACACAACAUGUGGCACUACCUGUUCUUCAUCGUGUUGGUGAAGGUGAAGGACUCCACCGAGUACACAGGACCCGAGAGCUACGUGGCUGAAAUGAUACGGGAGCACAAUCUGGACUGGUUCCCACGGAUGCGAGCCAUGUCCCUGGUGAGCAGCGAUGCAGAUGGGGAGCAGAACGAGAUCAGGAGCCUGCAGGAGAAACUGGAGUGCACCAUGAAGCUGGUGUCCAACCUCUCCGGUCAGCUCACAGAGCUUAAGGAGCAGAUGACUGAGCAGAGGAAGCAGAAACAGCGUAUUGGACUCCUGGCUCACCCUCAGCACAUGAACGUCAACCCCCAGCAACCUGCAUAAGACUCGACCUCCUGCAAAGCCUCCCAAAGGUCCUGAAAGCCACCUUAGCACCAACCUUGUUUGCAUAGGUAACAGAUUGCAGAGUCUUCACUUAGAGGUCCCGCAUAUUGUAGCCACUGAGUGCGAGUGUGAAAUGUUGAAGUAGCGAACACUCUGAAAUAGCUAGUCAUUCUGUAUAAUUGUGAUACUUUGUAGGAUUGCCCAAAAGGUAUAACUUAAAA